GGUUUGCUUCGCUAACCUUCAACAAUUUACUAUCAGAGUUGAUAUUACGAUCAUUUUCAUGGAUUUAAUUGAUAUAUUACUUCAAGCCGGUUUGUUUACUGCCGCUGUAGUUGUUUACUUGAUAUUCAUACGAAAGUCUUCAAAUAGGAGAGGAUUUUAUCGAGAACCGGGAUGGAAUUACCCUUUGAAAUUAAUCCUGGCGCGAUACGCCGUCAAACGUUGGAAGUCGCAAUUACCAAAGAAUAAUUUGUAUGAGACCCCUCGGCCUAAUCAGACCGAGGGUUGUGAUGAGAUUUCAUUACGGGCUUCUGCACCGGAUGGUUCAGCGGUACUGUUGGGUAUACGUAAACUGUGUGGAAGAAAACCUAUUGCAGAGGUCACCGUUCAUAUUAAGUUAGCAGAUGGGAGUUGUUAUAAGCUGUUAGAACAUCCACAAACAGCAGUCAGCGAAUGGGUGCCUAUGGAUAAGGGAUGGAGCGCGGGUGGACUAAAAAUACAAGUGACGAAACAUCUGGAUCACUUAAGAAUUAUUUACAAUGGCAUACUAAGAAGAACCGAGGAUAACAAAACGCAGCAUGUGAAAUUUAAUCUUUUAUGGGCGUCCGCAACGAGUGUGGUACAACAUCCGAAAGAUUGGAGCGAACAGCUUGCGGCGGAAACUCUGAGUCUAGAACGCUGGCGAGACGGAAACUGGUCAAAAUUGUUAAACAGUUGUGGUAAGGGUUCUGGUAGCUGGAUGCAGUGGGGUGCAUUGCAAGGUCGUUUUCAAUCAUUCAAUGCUGAUGGAGUAAUCGAAAGAAAUGAAUAUCUUCGUUUAAGAGGAGUCAGAGAGAGAAGUUGGGCACUUAGUUAUAAAGAAAUAAGACGUACUAUCACUGUGACAGUGGCAGCCCGAGACGGAACAGCCGUUCAAAUACGAGGAGUAUCUUAUCAUAAUAAUUUUACACAAUGCAUUUCAGGAAGCGUGAGAUUACCAAAUUUUAUGGUGAAAAGUGUAACUUCAUCGGAUUUAAUUAUGUCAGAUUUUUGUGAGAAUGCGAAUGGAAUACCUAAUACGUACACAAUUAACGUAAGCACUACAAAUGAUCGCAACUUAAAAGUAAUCCUUCGGAUUAAUAAAGACGAGGGGCGCUUUAUCUCAGGUCCGGAUCAGCACGAGAUAGUAUAUCGUACAGUCAAUGUCAGUAUCAACGGCGAACACGGCACUGGUAUUCUAGAGUUGGGAUAUGAAACAUUAGCUCCUAAUCCGGUGAACCAUCUCAAGCCAUUGCCUGUUUUGAAGUGUCUGACCGAGAAGGAGGCGGGCGAAGCUGGUCACUGUGCCUCGUUCGAAGAGAGCGCCGCGUUUUGUACCAACUAUGUGGGGGGCAAGGGUGCCUCACUCGCACUCUUAGCUUCAGUACAAACAGAAGAGGGAUACCGCGUACCUCCAGGGUUUUGUAUUACGACUAAAGCUUUCAACAAACAUUUAGAAGCCAAUCCUGAUCUCAAAAAAGCGAUUAGUGAAAUUGAAGCUGAUAAUGACAACUAUGAGGAAACUAAGUUUAAGGAAAAAUGUGAGAAGGCGUAUAAUCUAUUUAUUUCUACGGCAAUAGUUGAAGAUGUAAAGGAUAGUAUAUUGAUCUAUCUUAGUGAAUUGAAAAAGAAAGCUACUGCCCAAAAUCUCGGAGACAAACUAAGAUUCGCAGUAAGAUCGUCGGCGGUCGGUGAAGACAGCGAAGCGCUAUCCGCUGCUGGACAGAAUGAUACGAUUCUUGGUUGUGUGAGCGAUGACGACGUGCUGCGUGGAGUGCAACGGUGCUGGGCGUCCAUGUUCGCAUUCACAAGUGCAUACUAUCGCCGACAAAACGGUCAAGUGUGUGAAUGUGCGGGUGGCGUGGUGGUGCAAGUGCUGGUGGCACCACGUACGGCCGGCGUCAUGUUCACAGCGCAUCCGCAGCAGGGCGACCCCACCAGGCUGCUGCUCACCGCCAAUUACGGCCUGGGAGAGAGUGUGGUGUCGGGAUCCGUGGAACCAGACACGGUUAUUGUGAGGCGCGAGUUAGACGGGACACUCUCAAUAGCACAGCUCAAUCUUGGGUCGAAAACCCACAAAGUUACUACGAGCGAAAAUGGCGUUACUACGACAAACGUAUCUGAGCACGAAAAAAAUAUGCCUUGCUUGUCCGAGUCUGAGAUAUUCAGAUUGGCUCGGUUGGGCAUAUCCCAAGAGAAACUGUGGGGCGUUGCAAGAGAUAUAGAAUGGGCGAUAUACAAUGAUGAUAUAUUUUUGCUUCAAGCGCGACCGAUCACUUCUCUAGAGCGAUGGACAGAAGAGGAACUCUUACAUGAACUUGACUUUCCUAUUAUGGCCGAUGAUGAACUAGUCACGUUCGCUAACACUGGCGAGGUCCUACCGAAGCCACUCACAGCAUUAAGUUAUGACGUUGUAUUUUCACCACUCGAAAAAGGCGUGAGCUCUUUGAUACGAACGAACGGUGACGGCUAUGAUAAGAAUAUUAUUGUUACACAUGGCAGGUGUGCUUUGGCGUCAUAUAAUGCAGUGUACCGCCGAGUACCAAAGAAGAUGGAUGUGAAUAUUCGCAUGUUAGAAAUGGCAAUACACGGCCACAAGGUGGCGGACGAAGAGAUUUUCAACACAGCCUUGCAAAGAAGGCGACCUCAACUCACGGAUAAACUUUUCGUUAUAUUUGAUAUGUUGAAGACUUUAACAACUUCAAAAUGGGUCAUGGAUGAGACGAUCAAGAGCGUUAACGUUAUGAACCUCAAUGUGGAUACAGAUGACCCUAUUGUAUUAUUAGAUACCAUUAUUGGAGUAGAGGGCGACAUGUACCAGUACAUGAAAAACCACGGCUCCACGAGCUGUGCGAGUACAUUCAGUCAAUUCAUUGCUAUGACAGUUUUGUUAGAAGGAAAAUCAGAUUUUACACCCGAAGAAUGCAAUGAAAUUAGUACGUUGCUUAGUUCAGGAGAUGUUCUGUCGGCUGAAGUACCAAAUGAACUCGAUAAAUUAGUUCGAAAACUGGACAAACUUGGAAGGUUACAAGAAUUCAGAGAACAAAAUCCUCAAAAUGCUUUAACUUGGUUAAAAAACAAUGUUCCAAGGGUUUACAAUGAUGUCUGUAACUUUUUGGAUCAACACGGCCACAGAGCUAUCAUGGAAUUUGAUCUAUCAACAAAACCAUGGUCAUUGGUACCAGAAGAUUUAAUGAAAGUGCUCAUGCAAAUGCGUCCAUCAAAGGGAGACGUACAACAGAAGAUUAGUGAUGACAUUAUAGCUUCUCUAAAGACUCCAAAAAAAUCAAGCACGAGAUCCGUGCUGCGCUGGGUGGUGCCGCUAUGCCAUCGCGCAGUGCGGCACCGCGAGGCCACCAAGGCGCACUUGAUCCUCGCCGUCCACAAGCUGCGGUUGGCGACGCGGCGGCUCGCGCGUCUGCUAGAGCGUCGCUGGCUACUGCCACGCGCAGACCUCAUCUACUACUUCAGGGUGCACGAACUCCGAGAAUAUGUGGCAACGAGGGAUCCUGUCUUACUGAGAAAAGCAAUUCAACGACAUCAGUUCUAUCCGUCGUGGUGCAAACUGAAAUUUUCCGAAAUUCACAAGGGCUGGCCAAAACCUCUUACCUUUGAAGGUCCAAAAAUUACUACUGGCGAAGUGAAAUUGAAAGCUACUUCCGUAUGCGGAGGGGAUGUUAUUGCGAGAGCUUGCGUCAUAAGAGAUCUUUCAGAGAUAAGCACACUGCAACAGGGCGACGUAUUAAUAACACAUUCUACGGAUAUAGGAUGGUCACCCUACUUCCCCUUGUUAUCGGGAAUCAUUACGGAGCUUGGAGGACUCAUUUCACACGGAGCAGUCAUAGCCCGCGAGUAUGGUUUGCCUUGUAUUGUGGGCGCCACGAACGCCACGGAGCUUUUCAAAACCGGGGAUAAGAUUCGACUAUCUGGUUUCGAGGGAGUUGUAGAAAAGGUCAGUGUUUUGGAUGAAGCCGAAAGCAACACGAAGAAAGUGUGAUAUUUUAAAAAUUAGACACCUCAAAUAGGUUUCUAUACUUAUGUUACUCUACGGAAUACAUUGACAUUUAUGUGAAUCA